UGACGAUAAAACUGCUCCGGUGCAUUAUCCUCUCUAUGUAAAACCCUCAGCCCUACUCGGAGACGAGGCAGUGCACCAUCGUUCGUGAUCGCAGUCGCCCAUCAAUCAACCGUUGUUGCCGCUGAAGAAGACAUUCAGCUGGUGAAUUUCGUUAAUUGGUCUGGACCAAGGUCUCCCAAUAUGAUUUUAAAUGGUCACUCCCUAUAUGGGGGGCAGUGGACGAACUACAAGGCAUGUAAGACCAAACCAUUGAAGUCAAUGUCUGAAUGUGUUCUGCAUCCAUAUACACUCUCAAUUUCUAGGGUUAGAAGUUCUUUGAGAUCUCAUCAGGCGACAGGAUUUUUCUGUUUGCAAGCAGGAGGCAGUCCAUUUGUUCAUCUGUCAGCCGCAUCAUCUGGUGGAGAUGUAAGCCACUUGACACCAACCAACUUAUCUCCAAAAACAAAACCAAAAGGAAAGCGCUACUCCACCAUAUCUCCAAAAGCAUCAAAGGACACGACACCGUUGAGCUACAAAUUCCCCCCAAUGGAAAAAAAACCAAAAUGGUACUGGAGAUCCUUAGCAUGCCUGCCUUACCUAAUGCCGCUCCAUGAAACAUGGAUGUACGCAGAAACCGCGUAUCACCUUCACCCUUUUCUCGAAGAUUUCGAGUUCCUAACUUACCCUUUUCUGAGCGCCCUCGGGGGCCUACCGAGCUGGUUCUUGAUCGCGUAUUUCAUAAUCGCGUAUCUGGCAAUUGUUAGAAGAAAAGAGUGGCCCCACUUUAUCCGGUUUCAUGUGGUGUCGGGGAUGCUGUUGGAGAUUGCGCUUCAGGUGACCGGAACCAUAUGGCGGUGGUUGCCUACCGCCUGGUAUUGGGGUAAGAUCGGGAUGCAUUUUUGGACCGCAUUCGCGUUUGCUUUCCUGUUUACGGUUUUGGAGUGUGUUCGCUGUGCUCUUGCUGGAAUGUAUGCUGAUGUCCCCUUUGUGUCUGAUGCCGCUUAUAUCCAAAUCCCUUAUGAAUAAGCUAAGCUGCAUGUUGUUGUUUAUUAUUAUUACUCUCCCUCUCUCUUUUUGGUCUUUUUAGGCCGUUAAUCCCGCAGAUUGUGCUAUGUUGCAUUACAUCCAUCCAUACAUCCUUGUAUCUCUUCUUUUAUGUAAUCCUCUUUUUUCA